GCUCUUUCUCCAAAGGCUGAGCCCGCCCCCGCCAGCCAGCCAGCCAGCGAGAGAGGAGCGAGGCGAGGAGCGAGCCUCGGAGGGACGAGUGCGCCAUCCCACGCCGCCUCGCCUCGCCUCCGCUCGCCCGGCUGCCUCGCUCGAGGGCCGACUGGAGACCAGGAGGAAGGAGGACGGACCAGCAUCCGAGGGGCCGGGCCGGAGCGGAUCGGGCGGUGUCGUCGGAGUCGGGCGGCUGGCUGCGCCCUCCCCUAUUGUCUCCGCUCGGCUCGGGACUGGCUCGGACGGCCGUCGGUGCGGCACGGCGGGCUCGCGGCGCCAUGGUGGCUCGGAGCACAGACAGCAUUGAUGCAACAGGCGAGGGACAAGUGCGUACUUUGGGCAACACCACCAGUAACAUCAAGGGAAAACCAAUCAAGAGGCUUUCUAUCACACGAGGCCAUUUCCCCAAGCUGACUGAAUGUGCCCAUUUCCACUAUGAGGCCGUGGACUUUGGACACAUCCAGCUUCAGUUUGCCCCUGAUCAAAACGAAAACCUCAACAAUUUGGAGGAAGGAAGCCUUUUAUUCCCUGUUCAGGUUACCUGUCAGGGGAAAAGCUGGCAGGUACAUCGCAGCUAUGAGGAAUUCCGCACUUUGGAUGCUCACCUGCAUUGCUGUAUUUUUGACCGGCGUUUCUCUCAGCUUCCUGAAUUGCCACCCCUCAGCCAUGUGCAAGCUCAUCCUGAGCUCCUGGUGCCCAUGCUUUCACAGUAUCUUGAGAAGCUUUCUGCUAUUGUGGAUAGCAAUAUCAAUUGCAGCCCAGUUCUCACCUGGAUGGAGAUUGAUAAUCACGGCAACCGACUCUUGGUAAACGAAGAAGCUUCCAUCAAUGUUCCUGCCAUUGCAGCUGCUCACGUGGUUAAACGUUACACUGCACAGGCCUCUGAUGAGCUCUCUUUUGAGGUUGGAGACAUCAUUUCUGUGAUUGAUAUGCCCCCCAAAGAGGACAGGAGCUGGUGGCGUGGGAAGCAUGGUUUCCAGGUGGGUUUCUUCCCCAGCGAAUGUGUGGAGCUCUUCUCAGAACGUCCUAGCCCUGGAGUCAAAUCAGAUGCAGAGGGGACAAGCUGUGUCCUCCCCAGGACUCAUGGCCUCCUGUCCCCAACCUCAGUGUCUAAGAAACAUGGCAAGCUCAUUGGGUUUCUUCGUACUUUCAUGAAGUCCAGGCCCAGCAAACAGCGUUUGAAGCAGCGGGGAAUCCUCAGGGAGAGGGUUUUUGGCUGUGAUUUAGGGGAACACCUCAAAAACUCAGGCAGUGAUGUCCCCCAGGUAUUACGCUCUUGUUCGGAUUUCAUCGAAAAGCAUGGCAUCGUGGAUGGUAUAUAUCGUCUGUCUGGUGUCUCCUCUAACAUCCAGCGUUUGCGGCAUGAAUUUGAUAGCGAACGGGUACCUGAGCUCUCCAAAGAUGUUUACUUGCAAGACAUCCAUUCGGUUAGCUCUCUCUGCAAGCUGUAUUUCCGGGAAUUACCGAACCCUCUGCUCACCUAUCAGCUCUACAACAAAUUUGCGGAGGCUGUCUCAGCUGCUGGGAAUGAAGAGCGCUUAGUGAGGGUACAUGACGUGAUCCAGCAAUUACCCCCACCGCACUACCGGACUCUGGAGUUCCUGCUACGGCAUCUGGCAAGCAUGGCUAUGCACAGUCAAAACACCAGCAUGCACAUCCGCAACUUAGCCAUCGUUUGGGCACCCAACCUGCUGCGGUCAAUGGCUCUGGAGUCAGUUGCACAGUGUGGCGCCGAUGCCUUUCAGGAAGUCCGAGUUCAGUCCCUUGUGGUUGAAUUCCUCCUCACCAAUGUUCAGGUUCUCUUCAGUGACACCUUCACCUCCAUUGGCAAGGACAGCACAGGGCGUUGCUUCCUUUCUCGACCCAAAUCCCAGUUGGUCAGCUGCCCUUCCACCCGCUUGUUAUCUCUUGAAGAAGCCCAGGCACGCACCCAGGCCCUCUGCAAGAUCACCAAGCUGGAAGCCAGACGUGGAUCUCCAGAUCCACAGGAGGAUGGGAAGCUCUCUGCUGUUUUGGGAUCACCUAAUACUAGGCAAAAGACAGAAAACAACGGGAAGCUGCGGAAAAUAUCAGGACCUAGUUGGAAGGCUUUCUUCGCCAUCGGCAAGGCCCCCGUCCCUUUCCGCAAAAAAUCACAUCGAUUGGGAGAGAUUUUUGGGCUUGGAGAAUCUUUACCAGGGAGCCGUGGUGAGACAGUCACUUUGCGAUCUGCCAAAAGUGAGGAAUCUCUAAGGUCUCAGGCCAGUCUAACAGGUCUCCCCAAAUUGCCUUCUCUGAGACGUCCACAUUCUAGCAGUGAUGCUUUCCCUACCCUCAAACAAUGCCACUCGUGUUCUUCUCUGGGUUCUUCUAUUUCUGGCCAUGGUGAAGUUUUGGCUCCUGGGGCAGAUGAUGUGGCCUCCCGUCGGCGUUCCUCUUGGCUGGAAGGUGACUCGGAGCUGGAUUCAGAGUUGGAAUUAAGUCCUCCUGGACUUCGUGGCCUGGACUUUGACCCACUAACUUACCAGUGUAGCCCUCCUGUGCAGCAACCAUCCUUCUCAGAUGACUCCAGCUCAGCCAGUCCUGUUGCAGCUCUCUCGCCCUGCUCACAUCCCAGUGUCAGCAAAGAUGCAUCAGAAACGUCGGUCUCCUUGCCCGACAAAGUGCUGGAAAUGUUUUCUAGUGGGGAGUCCAGAGGCCUGAGCUCCCCUCCUCAUCUGAUCUCCAUGCUCCUGAGUACGGCAGGUGGACAACUCAGCAAUGCUUGUGAACGUGAAGUCCGUGGCAAGAUUACGCAAGCCCAAGAUCGCUUGUCUCCACCCAGUCCGAAGUCUGAAGCCGUUCCUGUGUCUCCCGGUGCAUUGUCCCUGCUGCGGCAUAUCCCGCCAGCUCCUCCACCCAAGAACCCGGCUCGCCUGAUGGCGCUGGCGCUGGCUGAGAGUGCGCACCAGGCAGCCUUGCAGCAAAAGCGACAGGCCAGCCUUAAGCAGAGGGAACCCCGGACGCAUUUCCGACGCUCUCUGUCGCUGGAGUGCAAGGCAGGGGAGCUGACGAGCGGCGCACAAGCCCUCUACUCCAUGGUGCGCCCGAGCCCCAAGGCACCUGGCCUCUCCCCACUCCAGGCGCAGCAGGCCAGGGGCAGGAGCAUCGGCAGCCAAAGCCGCAACCUAAAGGGAGGAAGCCAGGUGCCUCUCAGCCAAUCUUCUCCCUUGGGUAGCUCGAAUUCCUUUUCCCCUUACAGGAGGGUCCUCGCCGAGCUAGACCAGAGAGACCCCCAGGCACUUUCCUUCUCAGAUCCCUACCACCUGUCCUCCCCCUCUCCUGCCUACGGUUUGCAUCCCCCUCCCCCUCCCCUGUCAGUCCCCUACCCAGCCUUCCGCCAGCCGCAAGAUGCCUUUCCUUCGUCCAGCCCCUUGGCUGCCCCGCCCAAGCCUCCACCCCCUCCCCACUUUCCCAUCAUGACCGGUCACUUGCCCCUCAAAACGAGGUCCUCCACUUUUCAGGCCGGCCUCACGGACCAUCCUGCCCGGCAUCACAGCCACUUCCCAGUCUCCCCUCGAUCGGGUGUCGGCGGGAGUCCCUCUUCUCAGCUGGAGCAUGAAAACCUCUAUUAUGAGAUAGUGGGGGAUCCUCCUGCAUAUCCUGGCCUGGCCCGCCCUUGGCCCUCUUGUCCACCCCCAGAGUACCUGGCCACUUUCAAUGCCUCCUACGGGAUCUUUGAGAGGCCCUGGCGCCAGAGCCAUCUCCCCCCGGCUGCCUCCUCUCUGCAACCCAUCUUAAAGAAUCCCCAGCUGCAAAUCCAGUCCAUGCCUCCAGCAGUCACCCGUCAGGAGCCCAUCUACGUCAACGUACCCUUCCCCGAACCCUCUUUGCUCAGCCCCACGUCGUCUCCUCCCCUUGAAGCAGCACAUCCCCGAAGUCAUUCUGACCCGGGAGCUCCUCAGGCUUUGUCCCAGCCCAGCAGACCCCCCCUGCCUCAGAAGCAGAAGCUGGCUUGGGGCUACGCAUACACAGGGCAACACCGCCAAUUGAUGGACGUUUUGCCUUGCAGCCGUGCUGUGUGGCAGUUCUACCGCCCACCCUCCGCAUGUUGGGGUCAUCCCUCUUACAGUCCGGAGCCCAUUAUCACUUACGAUGCGCCUGCCCCCCUCUUGGGGAGCCAGGCCUCGGUCCCCUUGCAGAAGCUGGAUGAAUCUUCCCCACAGUACGGCAAUGUGGAAAGGAGAGAGGGAUCUCCCUCCGGGUGCUACCUGGGACCCAGCUGGACAGUGUAUGCUGAGGGCCAGACGCACAGCUACUGCUGAGAGACAAGAGGUGACCAGAUGCAGAGUUUGGAUCCUCGGGGCUGGGCUCCGGGUAUCUUCUCCUCUCUUCCUUGCCAGUAUUCGUGGAAUUACACGGUACGGAUUGCUGUGAAAAAAAAUACAGACUUUGGAAGGAUCUAUCCGGUUAGGUUAUAUACUCAGAGGUCCCGUCUUUGGCUCCCUUGUUGGGCACUGUGCCUGCCUCGUUUGGAGGACCUCUUUAUGGUUUGGAGAGCACACAAAUCUUUCAAGGCAGUUCCUAUCCCUGCAGGAGGUUUCUCCAAAAAAAAUCAGCAUGACAUCACAGAAGAACAAUGGGUGGCAUCAUUUCAGCCUUUGGGGCACCAUAACACCUCUGCCAGUUCCAUUGCGUGUCCAUCUUCCUGUUUUGGUUCUGUCCCAUGUUGCUUUGUUCCACCUUACCCUCUUUCCAACCAUGGACAUCUAACCUCAGAGGAGAGCUUUUGCUUCCAAUGGGAUGACUGCAGCUGAUUCCUUCUGGAUUACAUCAUCUCGACCGCUUUGGCAAUGUGAAUCACAAUAGGAUGCCUGGAAUCCACUAGGGCUGCUAACAGUGCUCAUGCCAUGCGCUGAACUGACACAGAGAGGCGCUGUUGGUCAUGUCUUGCUCACCACUGGAGAAGAUUGCAGGCUUCGGAGGGGAGAGAGUGGGCGUUAACAGCUACCCAACCCCGUGUUCCUCUUCCAGUAUUCAAACCAAAAGUUCUAACUUGUAAUAAGCAUCCUUUUAACCCAAUUAAAAUAUUAACCACCUUCCCCUGCUGGUUUUCCCAGAGAUUAAGCCAAUUCCUGGAAGAAAGCCAUCCCCUGGUCUGUGACAGAGAUGUCAAAGGAAAUAUAAGGUGCCACCAAGCAAGGCAGACGGAGGGCACGCUUGCAAUCUCCUUUCCCAAGAGUGCACAUGCGUUGUGUGUUUGCAGCCAGGCAGAGGGGCAUGUGGAGGAAAACUAGGGGGAGCAUGUUUGGUCUCGUGCAUUUCUGUAUUUAUUUAGGAUUUUGGAAUGGGUGUGUGUGUUUUACAGAAGGACGGGGGAGGGGGGGAUGCAUACAGUACGUGCCUAGCAUGGGAGGGCUUGAUGUGAUCUAAGCUGCAGGCUCAAUGUGUGCUUGAGAGCAGGAUUCACGUCUAUUUGAUAUGUGUACAUUCAUGUCUGGAGUUGGUGCGUGUACGAAUAUGUGUGUCUGUGAAAAUGAUUGUGCAUGUUCCACAAACAGUAUUUUAGAUACCUGGGGUAGGAAAAAGGGAGAGGUGUUUAUGCCUUCUUCCUCUUGAGCAGCCAUUGGGGACCCGAUUGAGAUUAAGGCAGGGUUUCUCAACCUUAGCGACUUUAAGAUGGAUGGACAGCCAGAAUAUUCUGGCUGGGGAAUUCUGGGAGUUGAACUCCACACGUCUUAAAGUCGCCAAGACUGAGAAACAUUGGACUGGGGAAAGAAGGAAAUCCCCCCCCCCCGUACCCCGAGCAUCCCCUCACCAAAGCACUUUUCAAGUGGCCUCUAAGCUCCUUUUCAAAUGAUUAUAUUGUCAGAAUAUAAGAGAGGGGGGGGGGAGAAAACAAAAUAAGCAACGACGGUAAUGCCUCGCCUGCAUCACGGAGAAGAAUAUGUUUUUUUUUUUCCUGAAUGCAGUCCAAACUUGAAUUUAUGCACUUUGGGAUCCUAUUGCUUUCAGAGAGAGCCAAGCACAAAUUUGAAGCCUCUUUCCCCUGAAAUCCACAGCCUGCUCCUGGGCACGCUUGCUUGGAAGUCAGCCCCACAACGGAAUGCAAGACUGAUGCCUGGAUUUGUGCACAACUGGACUACAGCCUUAAUUGCAUUAUUUUGAAGCCUCCCGUGGGAUC